GUGCUUAAUUGUCCUAUAUAAGAAACUCCAUUCCAUCUCUCUUCCUCAUUAGAUAUACCAUAUGCAAGAACAACAACAACAAGAGUCUUCUUCUACCCUUUAUGUGCAACAAUGGCGGGCUCUUCAUUCAUCUCCGCAGUCAUUAAGAGGCUAGAGGGCAAGGUUGCGCUGAUCACCGGAGGAGCCAGCGGGAUCGGCGAGAUCACGGCGAGAGUCUUUGCCCACCACGGCGCCAAGGUCGUCAUCGCUGACGUCAACGACACGCUCGGACACUCCAUCCGCGACUCCCUCGGCCAGGACACCGCCUCCUAUGUCCACUGCGACGUCACCGAUGAGUCCCAAAUCAAGGCCGCCGUCGCCGAGGCCGUCUCCACCUACGGCAAGCUUGACGUCAUGUUCAACAAUGCCGGGAUCGCCGACCCGAACAAGAACCGCAUCAUCGAAAACGACAAGGCCGACUUCGAGCGAGUCCUCGCUGUGAACGUCACCGGCGUCUUCCUCGGGGUGAAGCACGCGGCGCAGGCCAUGAUCCCGGCGCGGCGCGGCUGCAUCAUCAACACCGCUAGCAUCAGCUCCGGCAUUGGCGGCGCCGCCUCGCACGCCUACACGUGCGCGAAGCACGGGGUGCUGGGGCUGACGAGGAACGCCGCCGUGGAGCUGGGGCAGUUCGGGAUCCGGGUCAACUGCCUGUCACCGUACGCCUGCGUGACGCCGCUGGCGACCAAGUUCGUGGGCGUGGGCGCCGCGGAGCUGGAGGCGGCGAUGGACGCGGUGUCGAACCUGAAGGGGGUGACACUGAAGGCAGAGGACGUGGCGAACGCCGCCCUGUUCUUGGCGGGCGACGAGGCGAGGUACAUGAGCGGGCACAACCUGUUCAUCGACGGCGGCUUCAGCGUCGUCAACCCAUCGUUCCAAAUGUUCCAGUAUCCCCCCGAGGAGGCCUGAUCGGGCCGAGUCGGUUCGGUCGACCCGAUUCAAUUGUGGCCUCAUGGUGACAUUGAUCAAGCUGAAAAAGGAGGAAGAGUUCAUUUUCAUUUUUUUCAGAUAUAGACAUCUUAUGUGUCUAGCACAAUUGUACCCUAUCUAAUGGUAACAAUAAUAAUAAGAAAAAAAAGAGGCUAAAUAUACAAGGGGCAUGCUAUACUAAUCUAGUUAAAAUUUUUGGUAA